AUGUCGGAUGUUUUGAACACUGAUUCGGAUUCUGAAUAUUUCUCUUUGUCGUCCUCUGCAACUGCUUUUUCGGAUGCAGAGGAUGACAUGCCCUCGCUUGAGGAAAGACUGAAGGUUGCUUUCUCAUCUCUAUCGAAAAACUUUAACGUUGUGCAUAUUAAUGCGCAAAGCCUUGCUAGUCAUUAUAACGAUCUCGUGACAUCUUUCACUAGCAAAAACAUUCAUGCUGUCCUUAUUUCGGAGACAUGGCUUAAACCUUCCCUACCAUCUACUCAGUACCCUUUACCAGGUUUUAGACUCAUUCGUAACGAUCGAGCCUACACCAUUGGAUCCCAGGGCGGUCGUAUGAGGAUGGUUGGUGGAGGUGGCGUAGCGAUUUAUCUACGAUGUGACAUUGACUGCGAGAUCGUAGCACAGUCGGUAACUAGCGCGGACUCUCCUGAAUAUCUUUUUUUAGAAGUCACUCUUCACCACACUAGGGCCCUACUGGGAGUUUUUUACAGUCCUCACCUAAGAGUUGACUAUUUUGAGCAACUAGAGUCGGUUCUGGCUGAUCUACGUACCCGCUACGAACAUAUUAUACUCAUGGGUGACUUCAAUACCUGCCUUGUUAAGCGUGACUGCCGAUCGAGGAAGUUGCUUUCACUCUUCCACUCACUUUUUUUGAAUUGCCUCGAGUUGUAUCCCACUCACUUUCCGCAUAAUGGUCAACCUUCCCUUCUUGAUCUGAUCAUCACUUCUUCUCCUGAGCUGGUUGAUUCUCAUGGACAGUUUAAUGCUGCUGCUUUUUCUUCACACGAUUUAAUUUAUGCUUCGUUCAAAAUUCGUCCACCUAAGCGCAGACAUAAAACCUUAAUGCUCCGCAAUUAUGCUAAAAUAGACAAAAAUGCCCUUUUCGAUGAUGUGCUGAAUUCUGAUUGGGAGCUAGUGUUUGGAGCGGAGGACGUGAAUGAAAUGGUUCAAGCUUUUAACUCCAUUAUUUUGACCAUCUUUGACAAGCAUGCUCCUCUUCAAGUUGUCCGAGUCAAACAUUUCCCCGCGCCUUGGCUCACGCCAGAUAUCAAGGAGGUUAUGGAGAGGCGCAACAGAGCACGUAUCAGAUUGCGGAAGAAUCCAACCAAAAUCAAUAAUGAGGCCUACAUCGAGUUACGUAACCGCUGCAACAAGCUCUGUAGGAGCGCCAGGCGUAAGCAUAUUCACUCCACUAUCGAAGGUUGUCCGCAUACUAAGAUGUGGAAAUAUUUGAAGUCACUGGGUAUCGGUAAAGCUGAUCAUUGUCUUUCCCUUCAAUGUCGAUCUUAA